AAACCAGGAAGCGAUUUGGUCGCGUCAGUUUCCGCAGUUAUUUGAAACCGUAAACAUCUUGUCCGUUUGUACAAUGUCAAACCAGAGGUUUUAACAAACAAUAAUUAAUAAACAUCAAUCUUCAGAUCAUAAAGGUCAUUGAGCCAGAAUGGAGCAGCAGGAACAGAGAGAAUGGGAGGUUGUCAACAGGUUGUUACAGCAUCAUGGGUUCAAACCCGUGAGCUUUGCCGAUCCAACCGAGAACAAGAACCUUGCAGAGUUGGUCCUGUUGGACCGCAAGUCGGCGGCUGACGUGCGACUGAUGUUGAAGACCAUGCUGUCCGAUUCAGAGCGAAGACAAGGGUUGAUUCAAGAAUUGAUUCAGUCCAACAGCCAACUGAAAGAGGAGGUCCAGCAGCAUCAGGCGCAAGCCAUCCAUCAAUCUCAGAGGGCGACCGAGCUGGAGGGCAUCCUGGAUGGAGUGAAGGGCAAAGUUCAGGACCUCGAGGACUCGUACAUUAAUAAAGCUGCUCAACAGCACGGCCAGUUCACUCAGCUCCAACGGGAAAAGAACGACGCUGAGAGACGAUGUCACUCUCUGGAGCGAAAACUGUCGCAGGAGAAAGAUGAAAUGUCUCAGCUCCAGAAGAAACUCCAGUACGCUGUGAGAGAAGAGGAAAGACGUGUGGCCCGACAGAACCAGGCCUUUCAACAGAUCCACAGCAGAUCAGCCCGACCCGACUGCACUGUAGACCAGCAGAUUUUGGAUGUCAUUGAUGUUUAUGAAUCCCAAAUGCAACAGCUGCGAAAUGAGUUUAAAUUGCCUAAAAGCAGCUCAGGAGACUCUUUAAAUUCCCAGAAGAACAGGUCACGACUGGAGAAAGACCCCACGGACACCUUGUCCAACUACAGGACCCUUUUGAAGUCGUACCAGGAGCAACUGAAGGAGACCAAAGCUCAGCGUGAAGAACUCAAAACUGAAAUCCAGAAGCUGAAAGAUGAUCUGGAGUCCAGACCCACUGUAAAAGAGUUAAAGACCUGCAAACAACAGCUGAGACGAAUGGAUCGGAUUAUCCAACAGAGUGGCGUCAAGUCAUCUGUAAAAACACAAGACUCGAUAGAGACACUAAACACCAACAACACCGGCAUCCAGCACCUGGACGCCUCUAUCUGCAAGAGAUACCUUAUGGAGGUCUGUAAGGAACUAAAAGUCGAUGUCAGUAAUCUCAUUUCGGAGGUGAAAGAUCGAUGCAAACAGGCCGAAUCUGCAGAGAGACUGGAAAAGAUCCUACGUGACAUCACAGCAAUCCUGACCAAUCCCAGGGCACCUCUGGGUUUGCUUAGACAACAGGGGGAAGUUGAACUGGUUGUUCCCACUUUAAACGUUUGGAGCCAACAACUAAACGCUUUAUCUGAAGUCCAUCGGUCACUUGGCAGGCUGCAGAAGAGGUUGUUGCCAUGGCAGCCAGAAGGCGGCACCACUGCAUCUUCAGAUAGCGUCCGGGUGGAAGAUUUGAUGCUUAUCGUCGACACGCUACUCGAUGAAACGGCAUCAGACGACAAGGUUCUGCGGAGUCCUACCAGACACACGCUGGAAUCGAUGGUCGCUCACUUCCAGCAGCUUUUCGAUGCCCCCACCCUGACAGGAAUUUAUCCUCGGAUGAAUGAGGUCUACAGCAAACUGGGAGAGAUGAACAACGCCAUGAGGAACCUUCGAGAUGUGCUGAACCUGGAUGACAGAGCGCCACCUAGCGAGGUUGUCAACAAAGUCGCUGCUGUUGUGUCUCAGACUAAUAAUGACACGGGUCAGGAACUUUACAACCUUUUGGAAACUACUGAUAUAGAAAGCAUCAUCAUAAAGUUAAAAGAACAUGAAGAAUUUUUUCCCGCGUUUCAUUCAUUCAUACUUGAGCUUCUGCAAACCUUGGAUGUCCAGUCUCUAGACGAUGUUUUACCGACAGUACGCUCGCUCAAGUCGAACUGUCGUGUGAUAAAAGGCUGAUGGUUUAAAGCACCGUGUGGUUUCAGACCUGCUUUAUUUUGUGUGUUUAGGCAAUACUGCAAGUGUUCAUAUUUUAUAAAUAAACUGCAUUCCUGCGCA